UUUCUCUGCACUCCUUUCAGUGUGUUUAAUUUUUAGUGUGUGCCGUUCUUCUUUCUGUUUUGAUGGUGUGGUAAAUACGACACACCUUUGCAUAAGUAGGUGCCGUUUUCCCGUCCGCUGGAAAAGAGCUCGAAUAUGUGUGUGAGCUGCACAACGACACGAAGACAAAGCAGAACAGGAGUGCAACAAGCAAUCUGGCAGACAGUGUACUUACGGUGAAUAUGGAUUCAUGUAAUACAGAACCUAACAGACAUGAGGUUGACGUUACAAUGUCCGAUGAUGCAGGAAGUGAUCAUCACGGCACUUUUGAGCCUGAAAUAAAGGAAAGCAAUCAGACCGGCAUGACGGACGAUGAAAAGCUGUCUGAAUUAACAAGAAAACGUAAGGAGCAGAAUGAUGAAUUGGUGAACCAGAACCAGUCCUCUAUGCCGAACUGUGAUAUGGACACAAAGGGCAUCAUUUAUAGAGAUACACCUGCUAGUAAUGAUUCAAGUAAUCAGACAAAGCCAAGCAAUGGGGAAAAGGCGUCUGAAUCAAACUCACCAGAUCCCAAGGUUGGCAAACUGACCUGUUUGUCUACAGAGAAGUCAGAGACAAACCUCAGCCUAUCUCUAAACGCAAGUGACACACCUGUUGAAGAUGUGGAGAUGAGUCCAGAAAGCCCAGUAUGCCAAGCACCUCAGUCCAGCAAUUCUGAGGAAAAACCUGUGUGCUCUGACAUGCCAGAGAGUCAUUUGAGAGAGGGGCCAACGGUGGAGCCCAAACCCUCAAUUCCCAGUCCAGAACCUGUUAAAGAUAAUGUAGAUGACGUCAAAGAUGAUUCUGAUGUGGUACCUAUGGAAACGAAUGAUACAGAGGAGUCAAAUUCUUGUGCUGGUGCUUCUGUUUCUGAAAAUGUGCCCACCACUGAGCCUGAUAUCCAGACACAGGCAUCUUCGUUAAAAAGUGAGCAAGUGCCGGUAGAACAGGAGGAACCGGAUUGGCGCGGGACCCCAAUAGAGGAUCUGAAGAGAAUGCCAAAGUGUGGACAGACCCUGCCACACCUCAGGGCAACAGACAAUCACAGAGUCCUCAUCAGGACAGAUCUACUUAAAGAAGGUCAAGUCCCUGUUCCUUAUCCUACCAAAUUCAGAGAUUCCUGGGAUGAUGUGAACGUAAAGAUGCCUUGUUCAGAAAAGAACAUGUUCCCUAUGGAGAAUGAGGAUGGAAGUGGAUUGCAAAGUCGGUGGGAGUUGAUUCGCUCUGCUUUGGAAGGAGAAUGCAAAAGUUCACUUGACAUUAGGGAUGCGAUAUUGAGUUACAACACAGCGCAUGCUAAACGAUGGGACUUCACAGCUUUGAACGUCCUCUGCACUGAGGGUAUGGAAAAUGAUGAAGUGCAGCAUCUAUUUAACACCAUAUUGCCAAAGAUGGUGAAGCUGGUUUUGAAUACACCCAAGAUUUGCACUCAGCCAAUCCCGCUGCUAAAGACGAGGAUGAAUCAGUCCUUGACCAUGUCACAGGAACAAAUUGCCUGCCUUCUUGCCAAUGCCUUCUUCUGUACAUUUCCCAGACGCAACUCGCGCAAGUCCGAGUACGCCAACUACCCCGAGAUCAAUUUUUACAGACUGUUUGAAGGCUCAUCUCAACGCAAAAUUGAGAAACUCAAAACCCUGCUGUGCUAUUUCAGGAGAGUCACAGAAUCUAUGCCCACCGGCCUUGUCACAUUCAAAAGACAGAGCUUGACCACUUCUCCUAAAUGGGAAAGCUCGAAGUCUCAGCUCAGCCAUCUUCACAUCACCUGUAAGGGCACCAUAGAGGAUCAGGGCUACGGGAUGCUGCAGGUGGACUUUGCGAACAGGAUGGUGGGUGGAGGGGUGACGGGUCUGGGUUUGGUCCAGGAGGAGAUUCGCUUCCUCAUCAACCCGGAGCUCAUCGUAUCUCGCCUCUUCACCGAAGUCCUGGACCACAACGAGUGCCUCAUCAUCACAGGCACAGAGCAAUACAGUAAGUAUUCUGGCUAUGCAGAGAGCUUCAAAUGGGAAGACAACCAUAAAGAUAAGAUACCCAGAGAUGGUUGGCAGCGAAGGUGCACGGAGAUUGUGGCCAUGGAUGCGCUACACUACAGGAAUUUCAUGGAUCAGUUUCAACCUGAGAAAAUGACCCGAGAGCUAAACAAGGCAUAUUGUGGUUUCAUGCGGCCUGGUGUGAACCCUCUGAAUCUCUCUGCUGUUGCCACUGGGAACUGGGGAUGCGGUGCGUUUGGAGGAGACACAAGACUCAAAGCUCUGCUUCAGUUGAUGGCGGCGGCUGAGGCAGGCAGAGAUGUGGCCUACUUCACUUUCGGAGAUGAAGCACUCAUGAGGGACGUGCAGGACUUACACAACUUCCUUAAAGACAAUUGUGUCACUGUCGGCUCUCUGUAUGUCUACCUAAAGCAGUACUCUAGCAUAGUGUCUAAACAAACCCAUAGGCCCAACAUCAACCUCUAUGGGUUCCUCCAUGAGAAGGUCGGUACAAAUACGGACCCGGAGCCCAUCGACAGCAGCUCGACCACUGCAACUUCCCCUUCUCCUGCAGACUGCCAUUAAUGCUCAUCAACCCAUCUAAAUGCCUCAGUGCUUUCUUCUCCUUCUGGGUGAUUGUCUGAGAUUUAAGGAAGCACAUUAUGCCUUUCUUUUCUACCAGUGAGUAUGUGUUUAAAGUCACUAAUAAGAGGACUGGAUAGCAAUAGUCACUUUUGACUAAAUACGUAUUAAAGGGAUAGUUCACCCACACAAAACUCACUCAUAAACUGGUCCAAAUCUGUGUGAGUUUCUUCUGUUGCAAAAAAAGAAGAUAAUUUAAAGAAUGUUGGAAAAAGUUAUCCAUUGAUAUCCAUUGUAAGAAAACAAAAAUACUAUGGAGGUCAAUUGAUACUGACAGAUACAUUUUUUUAUUUUUCGGGUGAACUGUCUGUUUAAGUUUCGAACAUGGAGAGUAUUAGCUAAAAUGCCACACAAACUGACCUGGGAACAGAUUUGCUGCAUGAUCUUGUGGAAUUAAAUGACCAUGGAGUAGAUUUUUUUUUUCCUUAUCCAGAAAUUAACAGCGAUUCAGAAUAAAGGUUGUAGAGGUAAUUAACAAAAUAUGCAUGAGAAUCUCAAAAUAUGCCGUGAAGUCCCCAGUGACACUUGAUUGUGAAACGUGGUGCACAAGAUCUAUCUUUUAUUUGUUUGUUUGUUUGCUGUAGUGGGAAAGAGUUCUGUUCAUAUUUGAAAAGGUUUGAUAUUGAAAAAUGUGAAAGUAAAUACACUUUUGAAAAGAUAAAAAAAGACUUGUAUCAUCACACUAACAGAACUGCUGCAAAAUCAGAUUUUAUGUGGGGGAGAAACACAUAUAGUCUCUGCAUGACGUUUUUAGCAAUUUAUUACACAGGUUUUUACGGUUUCAUUUAUUCUUUUGAUUAAAGGCACCUUUAAGAAAUGGGGUUAAUAUUUAAAGGUAGUGAAUAUUUUCAUAUGUUUUGCUGUUUAUUUUAUUAUAAUUUGAUAAUUAAAAUUGUUGAUUCGAA